UCAUCCAAAGGGCAUCUUCUUUUCCUAUAACUCAACCCUAGCUGGUUGCCGACCAUAACCAAAACCAGUGACUCAAGCUUAGUUAUUAUCAGACAAGUGCAGUAACACUCGAGAUCGGCUUCAKUCAGUGCACGUCCUAUAUGGGGCCAGUUGGGCCUACAGAAAACCCAUGGUCUAUGUCCACUGCAUGUGCAUGGAAUAUAUUCAGGUUGGUCCCACCAUUUGCCAAUUAAUCCCAAAUGAAUAAGUGAUCAACAUCCACAGCGAGCGAGCGAGAGAGAGAGAGAGAGAGAGAGAGAGGCAUGGAAGAAGGUCAUCCUGUUUUUCCCACAAACACAAUCCAUCUUCUUCUUCUGCUGAUCAUCAUCACACUACUACUCUUCAGCUCCCGGCCGGGCGUUUUAGCCUUACAGCCUUCCUGCCAGAACAAAUGUGGUUCCCUUCCGGUGAAUUACCCUCUUGGGACAGGCUAUGGCUGCGGCUCCCCUCGGUUUUACCCCCACAUAUCCUGCUCACCAGGCGGAGACCAGCUCCUCUUCACAACCCACACAGGAUCUUACCCCAUCACAUCCAUAUCCUACGCCACCUCCACCAUAAUCAUCACCCCACCUCGAAUGUCCACCUGCUCCUCCAUGCAUUCCUCCCCAAACUUGGGACUCGACUGGCCCAGCCCCUUCCAGCUCGGCCCCUCCGUCUUCAUCCUCUUGUCCUGUCCACCUCCAACUUCAUCCCUCACCGUCAAAGGCAUACCCAUCUGCGACUCCACCAACGCUCACCUCUGUGCUUCCAUGCACACCUGCCCCGCUUUGCUCUCUCUGGGUCUGUCUCUCUUCUCACCUACCAACACUUGCUGCGUCUACUCACCCGCCAAUCUUGACACCAAGGGUGACCUCGACCUCCAUGCCUUGAAAUGCGCCACCUAUGCGUCGGUCGUGUCGCUGGGGGACUUCCCGACGGACCCCAGCCGGUGGGAAUACGGGGUGGCGUUGACGUAUAGUAACCAAGUGGCCUUCGAUAAUAACAACUACGUCACCAGCUGUGAGGCCUGCCAGAACACCGAUGGGGUUUGCGGGUAUGCCCCUCCGCGUAAUAACUUCGUCUGUGUAUGUAAGAACGGCGUUAACACCACCACUGACUGCUACAACCAGCUGCAACUUUGGAACUCGGCGUCACUCCUCAAAUUAAACAGUAUGAUUUGGGCGAUGAGUUGGUUAAUUCCCUUGAGCUUGCUUGCAGUGGCGUGAAAGUUACAGAAAGCAUCUGUUCCCUUCUUUUUCUUUUCCUAAUUUGCCUUUUUCUUUCUUUUUAUUUUCAUUUUAACAAACCAAAAAAAAAGUUGUUAUUUGAUGUGGAAAGAUGAGUAAGAGUGUAAGAAAGAUCCAACUUUAGAAAAGAGUACAAAUUUCUAAAAGAAAGCUUCUUGAGUGGAUGCCUAUAUAAUUCACUUAACAAGCAAAAAGGCGAAUGAAGUGCGCAUUUAGGUGAA